GCUUAUCCUGUUGACAAUUUAAAAUAAUUUAUUUUUACAAUGUCGCUGCAACCGGGUGAUUUGAUUUGCCGGGUCUGCCUCCAGCAGGAUGAACUUUUGGUGGACAUUUUCGAAACCGUGGAGGAGCUGCGAGUGGAUCUGUGCACCUUGCUGGAAAUAUGUGGCGACAUUAAGGUGGACCGUACCGAUGCGUAUCCGAAGUAUUUGUGCCAGGAGUGCACCAACGAGUUGCUCAUCGCGGCAAAGUUUAGGAAGAAGUGCGCGGAGGCGGCGAAAAGGUUGCUGGAUGAGGCUUCCAGGGUAAACGCGGACACCGCAGAACUGGUGGCGGAUGAAAUCAUCAUUUUCGAUCCGAAUGACUACAAAGUGGAACCAUCUUCUACUGAAGAGGAUGGUGUAGAGGAACCGAUAGAAGUUGUAAGCUCCAACUGCCAACAUUGUGGUGCGGUUUUCCAGCUACCCACAGCUCUACGUCGGCAUAUCGAAAAGGCGCAUACCUCCGUGACCAUAUUCGACUGCGACAAGUGCCGAGGAUUCUUUACAGAACUCCGUAGCUACCAGAGCCAUAAGUGCUCCAGCUCCUUAACCCAGAAGGGCGGCCACAUGUGCUUAGAGUGUGGCAAAAGCCUGCAAUCCGCCUCCAGUCUAGCAGUUCACAUGCGCUUGCACAGCAAUGAGCGGCCUUUCCGCUGUGAUUUGUGUCCCAAGACCUUCAGGACAAAUGGAGCACUAGUAGCCCAUCAACGGCGCCACCAACAGCUGCUGCAGUACAAGUGCCCGCACUGCGGACGCGGUUUUGUGGAGUCCAGUAACCUGCGACGCCACAUAGCCGCUCGGCACACGAAUGAACGCCCGCAUCCCUGUACCAUCUGUCAGCGCAGCUUCUCCAGGGUGUAUCUACUGCAGCUGCACCUCAGGACGCACACCGGCGAACGACCCUACGCCUGCGAUCAUUGCGACAAAAGGUUCGCCCAGCUGGGAGUCCUUAGGAGCCAUGAAAGGAUCCACACCGGCGAACGGCUGCACCGCUGCCAAGUGUGCGAGAAGACCUUUACGCGGGCAGGGCAGCUCCGAAAGCACGAGAUGCGACAUGAAACCGGAUCGUGAUAAGCUUCAGCGCCGAUUUUGGCCAAUGCACUGGGUAUCGCGGUCAAGGCGAGAGCUAUCAGCAGCCUUAUCAUGUGUUUUGAAAUCCUCUUUCAAAGCCCAGGUGAUGCUUUCAGCCCACAAUUGUUUGGGAACUCAGCAAGAGAAGAUGUACAAAAGUGGAGUGUUGGUGGGAAUAACUCUGGUGGUACUCUUCGUAGAAGGAGGCCUGUCGUCACAUCGCCAAACUCGUGGAGUACACGUAAAAUUACCAAGUGCUGGCACGGCGGCAGUGUCCGGAGCGGUGCGUAGUUUGAAGGAGAAGAUUGAGCAGCAGACAGAGGUUCUGAAUCGCCUGGCCAAUGCCACGGAGAAGCUAUCAGAAAGUUCGGGCUUCUUCCUGCGUAACUGUGCCUUGACCGACA